UUCGUGUAUCACGCAAUUGUUAGGCCUUGGCCUAUCUCGUGUGUUGUUUUCAUUAGGUGGAUGGAGGACAGAAAUCUCAUUGUUUGAUUUAUUAUGAAACAACGCCCAAUCUUAUUGUUUUCGCAUCUCUCUGAGCUUAGGGUUUGUAGGCGUCGUUUAAAUUUGACCUGGAAGGAAAACAGAAAUGGCUGAAGAAGGUCUGAGAGAAGCUGCAAGGAAAGGUGACUUUGAAAGUGUUAAAAAGUUGUUGCUCGUAGGGACGAAACAAGUUGCCAAUGAGGCAGGAGAAACUCCUCUAUUUUUGGCAACAACCUCUUAUGUCACAGAGCCUAAGUAUGUGGAAGUGGUCAGGGAGUUGCUUGAAGAUGGGGCUGAUGUAAAUGCAGCAAAUAAGGCCGGAGACUUGCCAAUCCAUAAUGCUGCUGCCUAUGGAAAUUUUGAGACAACAGGACUGCUUAUUGACUAUGGCGCUGACCUUGAAGCUGAAGGGGAGGCAAAGAUGGUUCCGCUUGGACUGGCCGCCAUGAAGAAGCAUCAUGCAAUUGUGAACCUUAUUUUAACCAAUUUACUUGAGAACGAUAAAGUUAGCGAGAGGCAAUUUAAGUGGAUGUUUGAUGCUGCCGACGAUUACCAGCAGUUAAACGUUUAUCGGGCUUUGUCAUCGAUUUUGCAAAACAAGAAGAUUAUUCCAAAGCUGGUUGGUCUGAAUAUUUUCCAAGCAAUCUGCAAAGGCUUCAAGAGCAAGAAAAGUGUUGUCAGUACUGCCCUCAAGCUAUUACUGGAGAUUCUGAAAACUCCUGAAGGAGUCAAGGCUGCGAAGGAAAAUGGCAUCGAGGCUACUGUGAAGGAAACGAUUGCGCAGAACACUGGAGAUGCUGUGCUAGAGCAUUUAGGCUCACAAGUUCUUGAGAAACUUAAAUGAUCGCUGCAUUGGCAACCAAUCUUCAAUCGCAAGAAUAUCUGACAGUCUUCAGCCAAGUUCGGUAGUAGUCCUCAAUUGACAAUAGCGAGAAACAUUUUUGUAAUUUUUUAUUCAAUCGUUAAUAUUUUGUAGGAUUGUCAUUGAUCUUAGAGGCAUAUUAUUUAUUUAUUAAUUGCAUUUUGCUAAA